AUGUACCAAGACACAUUUGAAGAGGACGACUUGGUGGCCGAGGUCGAGCUUGUUGCCCAGGCACGCUACUCUGAACAUGCUGAUUUCGAUGACGACUUUGAAGCCGAGGUCGUUUCGACCCAGCAACCAUCGCCUGCCCAGAUUCCUGAUGGCGUCCGUAACUUUAUCCUUUGCUUCAACCGCUAUAUCUUGGAAAACAACGUCUUGGAUCUGCACAACGCGUAUGACAACACCUUCAACAAGUUAUCUGACAAGCACUAUUCGAAGCAGCCAUGGCCCGAAGCCGAGUUGAUUGCUCCGCUCGUCAACAAUGACGAGGUUAUCUUGACCCUCUAUCGUGAGCUCUACUACCGUCACAUUUACCGCCGCAUGGUUCCCACUCUUGAGCACCGCUUCCGCUCUUAUGAAAACUACUGUGAUCUCUUCAACUACAUCUUGAACUCGGAUGGCCCUGUCAACCUUGAAUUGCCUAACCAAUGGCUUUGGGAUAUCAUUGAUGAAUUCAUCUACCAAUUCCAAUCUUUCAGCAACUAUCGCGACCGUCUCAAGAGCAAGACCGAAGAAGAAAUCGCUUUGCUUCGUGACAAUCCUCAAAUCUGGAGCACUUACAGUGUCCUCAACGUCUUGUAUUCUUUCAUCUCCAAGUCACGCAUCAUUGAACAAAUGUUGGUCAGCAAGAAUGGCGGUGAUAUGAUGGAGGCUGCUGGUGAAUAUGGUACUCGUCCUUUGUACAAGACCCUCGGUUACUUUUCAAUUAUUGGUCUCGUUCGUGUCAACUGCUUGAUGGGUGAUUACAUGCUUGCCCUCAAGAUGAUGGAUAAUGUUGCAUUGAGCAGGAAGUCUCUUAUGGCUCGUGUCACUGGUUGCACUUUGACCACUUAUUACUACGUCGGUUUUGCUUAUAUGAUGAUGCGCCGUUACGCUGAUGCUAUCAAGACCUUCUCUGAUGCCAUUAUUUAUAUCCAACGCUUCAAGCAAUAUGGUCGCUCUUACCAAUCUGAGCAAGUUGGCAAAAAGAUGGAUCAAAUGUAUGCUCUCUUGGCCAUGUGCGUUUCCCUUUGCCCCACCCGUCUCGAUGAAUCGGUCCAUUCUCAACUCCGUGAGCGAUAUGGUGAACAAAUCUCAAAAAUGCAAAAGGGUGAGGAAGGCAUUCAAGUCUUUGAAGACAUGUUCCAACACGCAUGCCCCAAGUUUAUUUCUGCAUCCCCUCAAUUGGAUGGCAAGCGCCCUGACCCCCAUUCCACUCAGGUCAAGUUGUUCACUGCUGAUGUCCGCAACCAGAUCAUGCUCCCUACUCUUCGAUCCUUCAUGAAGCUCUACACAACCAUGGGUGUUGACAAGUUGGCCAAGUUCCUUGAAAUGACCCCUGAACAACUUACCAUGCAACUUCUCAUGUACAAGCAAAAGUCCCGUCAAAUCAAAAAGGUGGAAAACGGCAACUUGUUGGAUGGUGAUUAUGUCCCUACCUCUGAUCUCGAUUUCUGCCUGAAGCAAGAUGUCCUUCACAUUGCUGAGAGCAAGGUUGGCCGUCGUGUGGGUGAUUGGUUCUUGCGCCAACUCAACCGAUGUGACGAUUUGGUAGCUAGUUUGGAACAAAAAGCAUAA